AGAUGCGCAGUUUUCCUGCAGUUGCUUGAUAUCCUCAAUUCACUUUCUUUCCUUCUCUUCUAUCUCUAUCCCACGAUGGAUAAAUCAAUCUCUUCAAAACAGACUUUUCGCCAGUACUUUAGCCUAUCCAAAAGCUGUUUCAGCCGACUGUUGCCAUUCAAGCAGAAUCACCAACACCAAUCAAAUCAAGACACAAGGACAAACCACGUAUCCAAAACAAGCCAACCAGCAAACAAAACGGUCCGCAUUGAACGCAUUGCACCAAGUCAGCGAAAGGUCAUGCCGCUGCAACUUCUCGAUGAGAUUCCUUUAUAUAUCGACUGUCAUUUUUGCCAACGGAGAGCCAUGACCAAUGUCGAAAAGAUAGAGUCUCCUUCCAUGGUAGCCGUCUAUCGUCUUGUCAGCACCGUCGCCAAAGUGCCAUCUACCUUGGUUGAGCAAAGUAGAGAUACCAAUCACUAUUGCUCGAACUGCAAAAAGCAGGUCACGCAUAAGCCAUAUGGAGGCAGGGUUCAGGUCCUGCAUCCCAUGCCAACUGGUCCAGUGCUGUCCCAAUGCCCUGAUGCGGGUGCUAACGUUGAUUACCCAGCAUCGGAUGACUAUGGACAUAUAUAUUAAUGAUGUUAUGCAUUCUUGAUCUUGUUUGUUAAGUUUUGUAUUGUUCAUGCUUAACGACAAUAUCUGUUGACCGAAUAGUAUAUCUUUUAGUUUAGGCCUUGUUUUUAUUUUUUAC